AAGCCCAACCAGGCACAGCCCCAUAGGCCACAAGAAAUAUGCAAAUUAAGAAUGGCUUAAUAAGAAUGGCUUAAUUUGGUUUCAGUAGGCCGUUGUCCAGUUACGCUAUUCCAUUUGGCGCGAAAAUUAAAAAUUCCCAAAUUAAUUUUUGCUAGGGCAUUUCGUUUCCUUUCAGUUACGUUUUGCUUUCCGAGAAUUCAACUCAGCAACUAUGGCGGAUUCACUCCCGUCGUCAAAACGCCGUCGUACUGACCAUCCAGAGGCUCAAAGCGACACCGCUGUAUCGUCAAAUCUCAAGAAUUUGUCUCCGCUGGUCGUCUUCGCUCACGGUGCUGGUGCGCCUUCCUCUUCCGAUUGGAUGAUCAGAUGGAAAGAGAUGUUAGGAAAGGCUUUGCAAGCUGUUGAAGUAGUUACAUUUGACUAUCCCUAUUUGGCCUGUGGAAAGAAAGGAGUUCCUCCAAAGGCAGAACGGCUAGUGGAUUUUCAUGCCGAUGUUGUUAGAAAGGCAGUUGAUAGAUACCCUGAUCAUCCACUAAUUUUGGCCGGAAAAUCUAUGGGCGCAAGAGUUAGCUGCAUGGUAGCAAGUCAAUCGGAUAUUUCUGCAUCAGCAAUAGUCUGUUUGGGAUACCCAUUGAAGGGAUCGAAAGGAGCUAUACGAGAUGAGAUAUUGGUUCAGCUCACAGUUCCUGUCAUGUUUGUGCAGGGUAGCAAAGAUGGGUUAUGCCCUCUGGAUAAGUUGAAAUCUGUUCGGAAAAGGAUGAAGUCUAUUAAUGACUUGCAUGUGAUUGAUGGAGGAGAUCACUCCUUUAAAAUUGCUAAGAAGCAUCUUCAAGCAACUGAAGCUACUCAAAAUGAUGCCGAGGAGUCUGCUGUCCAGUCUAUUGCUUCAUUUAUUUCCAAUAGCCUUUUCAAGUCUUGACAAUCUUCUAUCCUUUCAGUAUUAGCUGUGAAAUGCUUUUUGGUGUGUUGCCUGUCACAGAUUGUGCCACAAACGAUAAGGUUGGUCCAAUUCUGCUAUCUAUUAUAAUUGGCAUGAUCAAUCUUUUUUUCUGUUUUUGUAUUUUUUAAUAGUGGCUGAUUGUUAUAGGCACACCACUUCAUGACAGUUCCUUUUUGUUUUAUGUUUAUAAGUUUGUAAAAUUAGUUUUAGAGAGCGCUCCUAAACAUUUUGCAGUUUGUGUACCUUGUCAGAAUAUUGCAUUUGUUUAAUGGUUUCUAUGCAGAAGUAAUGGUUUAUGCA